GGUUAAGCCAGAAGAUAGGGAAGAAAGGGAAAAAAAAAAUCAAAUUUAAUAAAAUUAAAGAAACCUGUCAUCGGACGGAAGCGGAAGCAAAAAAGUCGCCGUUGAUGAUCCAUGUCCAAGAUGAAGCAUCUGCUGAGGAAGCUCCACAUCGGCGGUGGACUAAACGAGCACCAGAGAUUGGGGGAGGCUGGGCCCGUGAUCAGCAGUCCUAGUCCUGGUCCUAGUCCGAGCUCGGCGUCGACGGGGACGACUUCGUCUACGCCUUCUGGUUCUGGUUCGGGUUCAAUGGGGAGAAUCGGGACUGCUGAAUCGGCAGGGGGCGAUCGGACGGCUGGAGCUGGAAUAGAUUUUGGUCUGUUGGAGGAGGAAUUUCAGAUGCAGUUGGCGCUGGCGAUCAGUGCGUCGGAGCCUGAGACAGCUCAGAUCGAUUCUGCCAAGCGGAUCAGCCUUGCCGGUAGCAACAAUGAUGCUCUCGUUGAGUUCCUUUCGCUUCGCUAUUGGAGUUAUAAUGUUGUAAAUUAUAAUGAAAAAAUUCUGGAUGGAUUUUAUGAUGUAUGUGGUAUUACCUCAAGUUCAGUUGUCCAACGGAAGAUGCCAUCAUUGGUGGAUCUUCAAGCAAUUUCUGUGUUAGACAAUGUUGAUUAUGAAGUCAUUUUGGUGAACCGGUUGCUCGAUCCUCAACUGCAAGAGCUUGAGAGAAGAGUUUAUAAUGAAUAUUGCGAGUACCGAGCUUCUGGGCAUGGCACAAGUUUAAGUGGGCUGAUCCAAAAAAUUGCUGACAUAGUUGUAAAUAGAAUGGGUGGCCCAGUUGGUGAUGCUGAAGAGAUGAUGAGAAUGUGGAACUUGAGAAGUAUAGAGUUAAGAAAAUCUCUGAACACUGUCAUUCUUCCUCUUGGAUGUCUUGAUGUUGGGAUUUCACGGCACAGGGCCCUGCUUUUUAAGGUUCUUGCCGAUAGGAUUGGCCUUCCUUGUAUGCUGAUCAAACGGAGCUAUUACACUGGCACAGAUGACGGAGCUGUGAAUUUAAUUAAAAUUGAUGAUGAAAGUGAAUAUAUUAUCGAUCUAAUGGGUGCUCCUGGCACACUAAUUCCGGCUGAGGUACCAAGCAGUCAUCUACCCAAUUCAGGGUCUUUUGUGAGAUGCUUCACAGAUCUUACAGAAGUAUCCAAGGAUUCUAGUUUGUUGCAUGGCAAAGGAAUGGGAAAUACAGCAGUUUCACCCACCCUAGACCAGGUUCCUAAAAUUGACAACAUGAUAUUAGGGGAAGCGAUAGUUGGAGGCAAUCAGAGAAAUGCAGAUGGGGGAAACCUUGCUGGCAGAUCUGAACAUGAGUUUGGGAAGAUUUUUUCUCUACCUCAAUUGGGUGAGGGUUCUUCAGGCACUCAUGAAAAACCAUCAUGUGCACAAAGGAGGAAGGUAAACAAUGUUUCCAAAUAUGUCAUUAGUGCAGCAAAGGACCCUGAAUUUGCACAGAAGUUACAUGCUGUUUUGUUGGAGAGUGGGGCAUCUCCUCCCCCAGAUUUGUUCAUGGAUAUUAAUUCUCAGGAUUUGGGUGAAUUGAACAUGAUUGAACGAGUCAAUCCAGCAGAAGGCAGAAAUGUUGAUAAUGAUGUUCUCCUCCAUUCAAACAAAUUGUCAUUAUGCCAAGGGCCGUCUUUUAUAUCCUCUGGGUUGGAGUCUUCAGAUGAUGUCAAUUAUGGAAGUAAAGUAAAGCCAGCAAGAAAACAUCAAAGAGAGUCAAAAACAACUGGCAUAGAAUCUAAUGUUUCUUCAUCCCUUGAAACCACAAGUGAGGGAUACCUACUUGUUGGUAAUGUAACUAGUGGGGAGUUGCCAAAUGAGGCUGUGGAUACUAAUAUUGAUCCUAAGAAUGUACCCUCUGAAAGACAGACAGAAAAUCCAUUGUUUGUGGAAGAUAGACCAAUACGAAGGAUUUCUAAUAACAUCGAUUUCAAUAAAGAAUCUCCGAUGGAAUUAAUGGUGACUCCUACUGACUUGCAUAUUGCCAGCAAUGGUAGCAUUGAGAAGAUUAAUCAAAUGCCAAGGGAGGUUGCAGAAUGUGAAAUUCAAUGGGAGGAUCUUCAAAUUGGUGAACGUAUUGGUAUUGGAUCAUAUGGUGAGGUUUACCGAGCAGAUUGGAAUAGCACUGAAGUUGCUGUGAAAAAGUUUCUGGAUCAAGACUUCUCUGGUGAUGCUUUGGUUCAGUUUAAAUGCGAGGUUGAAAUCAUGUUACGGAUGAGGCAUCCAAAUGUUGUUCUUUUCAUGGGAGCUGUUACUCGCUCCCCACAUUUAUCUAUACUGACAGAGUUUCUUCCCAGGGGAAGUUUAUAUAAACUACUUCACCGACCCAAUCCUCAACUUGAUGAGAUGAGGCGAAUGCGAAUGGCUUUGGAUGUGGCCAAAGGAAUGAAUUACUUGCACACAAGCCAUCCACCUAUUGUGCAUCGAGACCUGAAGUCUCCCAAUCUCCUUGUUGACAAGAACUGGGUUGUGAAGGUCUGUGAUUUUGGGUUGUCACGCUUGAAGCAUCACACUUUUCUGUCAUCCAAGUCUACUGCUGGAACGCCUGAAUGGAUGGCACCUGAAGUUUUAAGGAAUGAACCAGCCAAUGAGAAAUGCGAUGUGUACAGUUUUGGUGUGAUAUUAUGGGAGCUGGUGACUCUACGCAUCCCUUGGAAGGGACUGAACCCCAUGCAGGUUGUUGGAGCUGUUGGGUUCCAGAAUAGGCGGCUUGAAAUUCCUGAUAGUGUGGAUCCAUCUGUAGCACAAAUCAUACGGGAAUGUUGGCAUACCGAGUCACAUCUCCGACCAUCCUUUGCACAGCUCAUGUCAUGGCUGCGGCAUCUUCUACCUCAAUUCAUCGACAGAUCCAAUUCUGGAAAUCUAAAUAUAGAGUGAUUUCCCUUGAGUUUCUGUAAUAAGAAUUCUUGGAGCUGCUUCUCGGCUCGAAGAGCCAGAGAAGGUAGGCAGAUGUUUUUCCAUUAACAUGCAAAACCCGGUUAGAAGAGCGGAGUGCAGGCAGUUUUGCUCUCUCGAAGUUGAGGAUCAAUGCUACCCGUUCCGGAGUGGUUUUCCUCCUAAUCAAGCAACUGCAUAAGAGCAGUGGAGGAUACCAUUUUAAAAUGUUGUUUUUAGUGUUAUAAAAUAGGCAGAAUCAUUCCAACUGUAAGAAAGUUCCCAAAUGGGAGAAAAAAAAAAAAAAAAAAAGAAGAAAAGGAAAGGAAAAAAAUUACUAUUUUCAAGUUCAUUUAUUUGUGGAGGUCUCUGUUUGGGUAAGAAAUCCCAGCCCCUGAAAUUGUAAACAUCAGAUCUCUGCAGCCCCGUCUGGAAACAGAAAGGAAAAAUACAAAGAAAUUAUUUGC